GAGGGCUAGGCCAAAUUGUUUGAGGGGGUGUGGAACUGUGGAAUUUGAGUCAAGAGAAGGCCCAACUUUUUUAAAAAAAGAGCGGGGCGAAAUAACUUGGGACACAAUAGUAUGUCUAUUUUGUAGGCAUCCCUCUUCCCCAGGGCAACUGGAGCCCAAAAAGUGGGUGAAAAAGCCAUUCCAGGGCAGCCAGCACUUCCAGAAGUUUAAGGUCAGGAUGCCGGAGCGCAGGGGAAUGCCGAUGCGCGGGGCAGGCUGUGCCUGGGCAGUUCAUUCUGUGGCAGCUGGAGGCACUACUCGGCCGCCGCGGUGCGAACAGCGGGCACUGUGGGGCGGGGACCUAGCGGCGGGUCAACAAAGGUCGGGCGAUUGUGUCGGGAGGCAAAUCCGACGUAGACGGCGGCAGGCGGAGCCCAAGGCCAGUGAUGCAGGCUGCGCAGGGAUCCCACCUGAAGAGUCGGGGCGGCACGUUGAGACCCCAGGGGUGAGGGGCGGGGGAUCCCAAUCCCAGCCCUGUUUUCCCCUCCCCUUUCCCCGCCUCCUUCUCGCCCUUGGUUGGAAAGUUUCUAGAAUCUCUUCCCAGCGGCCUUUGCGGUUCCAACAUGGCGGAGCUGACGGUGGAGGUUCGCGGCUCCAACGGGGCUUUCUACAAGGGAUUUAUCAAAGAUGUUCAUGAAGACUCCCUUACAGUUGUUUUUGAAAAUAAUUGGCAACCAGAACGCCAAGUUCCAUUUAAUGAAGUUAGAUUACCACCACCACCUGAUAUAAAAAAAGAAAUUAGUGAAGGAGAUGAAGUAGAGGUGUAUUCAAGAGCAAAUGACCAAGAGCCAUGUGGGUGGUGGUUGGCUAAAGUUCGGAUGAUGAAAGGAGAAUUUUAUGUCAUUGAAUAUGCUGCUUGUGAUGCUACUUACAAUGAAAUAGUCACAUUUGAACGACUUCGGCCUGUCAAUCAAAAUAAAACUGUCAAAAAAAAUACCUUCUUUAAAUGCACAGUGGAUGUUCCUGAGGAUUUGAGAGAGGCGUGUGCUAAUGAAAAUGCACAUAAAGAUUUUAAGAAAGCAGUAGGAGCAUGCAGAAUUUUUUACCAUCCAGAAACAACACAGCUAAUGAUACUGUCUGCCAGUGAAGCAACUGUGAAGAGAGUAAACAUCUUAAGUGACAUGCAUUUGCGAAGUAUUCGUACGAAAUUGAUGCUUAUGUCCAGAAAUGAAGAGGCCACUAAGCAUUUAGAAUGCACAAAACAACUUGCAGCAGCUUUUCAUGAGGAAUUUGUUGUGAGAGAAGAUUUAAUGGGCCUGGCAAUAGGAACACAUGGUAGUAACAUCCAGCAAGCUAGGAAGGUUCCUGGAGUUACCGCCAUUGAGCUAGAUGAAGAUACUGGAACAUUUAGAAUCUACGGAGAGAGUGCUGAUGCUGUAAAAAAGGCUAGAGGUUUCUUGGAAUUUGUGGAGGAUUUUAUUCAGGUUCCUAGGAAUCUCGUUGGAAAAGUAAUUGGAAAAAAUGGCAAAGUUAUUCAAGAAAUAGUGGACAAAUCUGGUGUGGUUCGAGUGAGAAUUGAAGGGGACAAUGAAAAUAAAUUACCCAGAGAAGACGGUAUGGUUCCAUUUGUAUUUGUUGGCACUAAAGAAAGCAUUGGAAAUGUGCAAGUUCUUCUAGAGUAUCAUAUUGCUUAUCUAAAGGAAGUAGAACAGCUAAGAAUGGAACGCCUACAGAUUGAUGAACAGCUGCGACAGAUUGGUAUGGGUUUCAGACCUUCUUCCACCAGAGGGCCUGAAAAAGAGAAAGGAUAUGCCACUGAUGAAAGUACCGUCUCUUCUGUACAAGGUUCUAGGUCUUAUAGUGGAAGAGGCAGAGGUCGUCGGGGACCUAAUUACACCUCCGGUUAUGGUACAAAUUCUGAGCUGUCUAACCCCUCUGAAACGGAAUCUGAGCGUAAAGACGAGCUGAGUGAUUGGUCAUUGGCAGGAGAAGAUGAUCGAGACAGCCGACAUCAGCGUGACAGCAGGAGACGCCCAGGAGGAAGAGGCAGAAGUGUUUCAGGGGGUCGAGGUCGUGGUGGACCACGUGGUGGCAAAUCCUCCAUCAGUUCUGUGCUCAAAGAUCCAGACAGCAAUCCAUACAGCUUACUUGAUAAUACAGAAUCAGAUCAGACUGCAGACACUGAUGCCAGCGAAUCUCAUCACAGUACUAACCGUCGUAGGCGGUCUCGUAGACGAAGGACUGAUGAAGAUGCUGUUCUGAUGGAUGGAAUGACUGAAUCUGAUACAGCUUCAGUUAAUGAAAAUGGGCUAGGCAAAAGAUGUGAUUGAAGAGCAUGGUCCUUCAGAAAAGGCAAUAAACGGCCCAACUAGUGCUUCUGGCGAUGACAUUUCUAAGCUACAGCAUACUCCAGGAGAAGAAAAGAUUAAUACCUUAAAAGAAGAAAACACUCAAGAAGCAGCAGUCCUGAAUGGUGUUUCAUAAACUGAAGAAGUUCCUAGUUUACAGUUCUUUUACAUUACAUUUACAAUAGUGCUUGUACAAGCUUGCCAAAGAUAGAAUAUGGAUCGCCAGUCUUUACAUCGCACUUUCAGUUCCUCCAUUUGGAAUUCAAAAAGGGGAGGGAUCCUGAAGAAAUCAUAUGUUAAACAUACUUUGACACCUACUGUGUUAUAAAAUAUAUCAUCAGAUGUGCCUUGAGAAUAGUAUAUGUAACAUUAAAAAAAAGUUGCUGGCUA